ACAAAAAAUAAUGGCAAACGGAGUAUCAACUGAAUGGGAUGACAUUUAAAGAAAAUUAGGAAACUUUGAACAAAAGCCAUAUGUUGCUUAGUAAUGGGAGCUAAAUUAAUAAGCAUAAGAAAAGCUUGAAUAAUAAGAGAAAUAAAUUUAAAAAGAUGAUUUAUCAGAUUUAGAAAAUGAAUUUGAAGAUGAUGAUUUUUUUAAAGAAUAUUAAUAAAAAAGAAUGAAAGAAAUGUAAGAAAUAGCUUAAAAGCCACAUUUUGGUUCAGUAUAUGAAAUUUCUAAAGAUUAAUAUGUUGAACAUGUUUCAAAUGCGCCGCCUGAAUCAUGGGUUGUUUUACAUAUGUAUAAUGAUUCAAAUGAAUAUUGUUUAUUAAUAAAUUAAUAUUUUUCACGAUUAGCAAUAGAAUAUCCACUUGUAAAGUUUGUAAAAAUUGUAGCUACAAAAUGUGUUGAAAACUUCCCUGAAAGUAAUUGUCCUUGCUUCAUUAUUUAUAAAGGAGGAAAAAUGGUAGUUAAUUUAUAAAGUAUUGAUAAAUUUAUUGGAAAAGUAACAAAAGAAAAUAUAGAAAAGCUACUCCAUUAACAUAGUGUCAUUGUUAAUGAAGAAUUUAAUAAUUAAGAUGAAGAAAUUUAACAAUAUAAAAGUAUGCUUAAUAGACCUUUUAAAAAUUACGGAGGGGGGUAUUUAGACAAAGUUGAUGAUAGAGAAUAUGUCUCUAAAAAUAUUAAAAAGUUAAAAGAUUGAAUUAAAUAAUAUAUUUUUAUAUAUAUCAUAUUUA